CGCCGGAAGUGACGUCACGUUACGUGGAACAACCUAGCAACUUCUGCGGUCUUGCCAAAGCAAGCGGAGCAAUAGCAAAUGGCCGGUUCCAGGGUAGCCCGACACAUUUUCUGAUACCGGACCGCAGAGGGUCUGAGAGGAACCCUGAGGUGAAACGGUUGGUGGCGACAACACCCUGGAUGAAGGGCAGCCCGACGAUAAGCAGAGGAAGAAGAAGAAGAGGAGGGAGCAGCAGCAGCAGCAGCAGCAACAGGAGGUUGAGCUGGGCGGACAUGGCGGACGGCAGCAGGUCCCCAGCUAUCAAAUAAACGCCAGGCAAAGCGAAACCGAAGACGAGAGGCGGCUGCAGGAGGACCUGAACUCAGUUUAAUGUUACAUGGAUAGCCGGGGCUCCCCAGGACCGUAGCCGCCCCGACAGAAGCCGCAUGGCGUCCACUCAAGCCCGGAUUGGCCAGCAGGCCCUAGCGGUGCUGGAUGUGGCUCUGCGAGUUCCCUGUAUCUUUAUUAUCGACGCCAUUUUUAACUCUUACUACGACCCUGGUUCGGGAUGGGCCGGGGCGAUGGGGAAGGUGUUGGUCAGAGUCAUGGGUGUCCUCAUCUCCAGCGUGGUGCUGCUGCUCUCCCAGAAAGCCUUGUUCAAGUUCUACACUCUCUUCUUCGCUGUUCUCCUCGGCAUGGCAGCAGUCCUCAUCAACUACUACGCCACUUCCCACAUAGACUUCUACAGUGCCUACUACAAAGCAGCACUGGGGUUCAGGUUGCUGCCCAGGAAUGGGCCGACGCUGUGGCUGGGCAUGGCCGCGGUCCAGCUGGUUUUUGGCGUGGGCUACGUAUUCUUGCUCAACCUCCAGUCGGUGUUUGCCGCGCUGGUGGUGCUGGACAUCAUGAUCCCUCUGUGGGGGCUGAUGAUUGAGCUGCCCGCAGAUGUCAGGCAGCUGGUGGCCGUGUUCUCAGGCCUGGCGCUGGCUCUCAACACGGCCGUGUGCCUGGCCAUGAGGCUCAAAUGGUUCUACUAUUCCUGUCGGUACGUCUACCUGCUUGUGCGGCACAUGUACAGGAUCUACGGACUUCAGCUGCUGCUAGAGGACACAUGGAAGAGGAUCAGGUUCCCUGAUGUGUUGCGGGUGUUCUGGCUGACCCGGGUCACCGCCCAGGCGCUGAUCCUGGUCUACGUGGUGCGGGCGGUGGGGAGGGAGAGCGGUGAUGCCACAGGCGGGGCCGCAGACGGGACCUCCGACUCGCAGGGUUAUCUGCUGAGCUGGGACGUGUUCUGGGAUCUGACGAGUAACCUGAUCAUCUCCGGCUGUGACUCCACGCUCACCGUACUGGGGAUGAGCGCUGUCAUCUCCUCCGUCGCACACUACCUCGGCCUCAGCAUCCUGGCCUUCAUAGGUUCGACGGAGGAAGAGGACAAGCGUUUAGGCUUCGUGGCUCCUGUUCUGUUCUUCAUCCUGGCUCUGCAGACUGGCCUCAGCAGCCUGGACCCAGAGGAACGCCUGGUUCGUCUGAGCCGGAACAUGUGCCUUCUGCUGACGGCCAUCCUGCACUUCAUCCACGGCAUGACUGACCCCGUCCUGAUGUCCCUCAGCGCCUCCCACGUCUCCUCUUUCCGCCGCCAUUUUCCUGUCCUGCUGGUGUCGCUGACGCUCUUUGCGCUCCCCGUGGCGCUCAGCUACGCCCUCUGGCACCACUACGCCCUCAACACCUGGCUCUUUGCCGUCACCGCCUUCUGUGUGGAGCUGUGCCUCAAGGUGGUGGUGUCACUGACGGUCUACGGCCUCUUCAUGGCCGAUGGCUUCUCCAACGUCCUGUGGGAGAAGCUGGACGACUACGUCUACUACGUGCGCUCCACAGGCAACAUCAUCGAGUUCCUGUUCGGCGUCAUAAUGUUCGGAAACGGGGCCUACACCAUGAUGUUCGAGUCGGGCAGCAAGAUCCGCGCCUGCAUGAUGUGCCUGCAUGCCUACUUCAACAUCUACCUGCAGGCCAAGAACGGAUGGAAGACCUUCAUCAACCGUCGCACAGCCGUCAAGAAAAUCAACUCCCUGCCGGAGAUGCACGGCGACCAGCUGAGGGACAUCGAGGACGUGUGCGCCAUCUGCUACCAGGAGUUUGCCACCUCGGCCCGCAUCACGCCCUGCCACCACUAUUUCCACGCGCUGUGCCUGAGGAAGUGGCUGUACAUCCAGGACACGUGCCCGAUGUGCCACCAGAGAGUUUACGUCGAGGAGGAGAGCCGAGACAGAGCCGCCUUCUCUAACAACAACGGGGGCUACGCAGCGCCGCAGGACGCCGCUGCUGCGGUCCCGCCGGCACCGGGGGAAAACCAGCAUGGACGGCCAGCCGCCGAGCUGCCGGCCAACGCGGCCGCGGCCGGUGCGCAGGCCGCGGGAGGACCGGGGGAGCUCAACGACGAGCUGCUGGAGGACAACGACAGUAUAGAGUACGACGAAGAUGAGUGGGGGACUCAAAAUGGCAGCACGCCAAUAGAAGAAGACUAUAUCAAUGACGACACUGACUCUACCGAGGACUGACAAGAGAAGAUCUAUAGAAAAAAUACAUAUAUCUUUAUUAUAUUUAAGUUAAAAAGAAUUAUAAAACACAACUUUAGCAUCUUAAAUUGUUCUUGAAAAAUGUCAGGGAUGUCAUUCUCUUUUUCCUUGUUAGUUUCUUUUCAUUUGAUUUAGAGUUUGGGUUUUACUCUAUAAGGGCUCGUGGAAAGAGUAACUGCUGCUCUCACUCUGUGUGUCAUGUGUAUGUGCGUUGGGGCUGCCUGGUGUAGACCAAAAAAGACAUACCGAUCUUUUUUCUUUUCUUUUCUUUUCUUUUUUUUUUUUUUUAAACUUUAUCCCGAAAGUGUUGGAGAUCCUGAUACAAAUCUUGCUGUCUGUACGCAAUUUAUUUUCUCUAUGCCUCAAACCCGAAACACAUCAGUGAGUUAGAAUAUCAGAUUUUAUGCAGCUUGGAGAUUCUGCACAGCACAAAUCUGCCUUGUUGAGCAAACUGCGGAAACUUUGUUUCCCUCUGAGAAAAAAGAAGCAGCAAAACCUGAGUCACAUCGCGACUUUGUUAAGAUUUUGUCACUUAUGCAGCCCUAAUGCGUAUUUGUGUGAGUGUGUAAGGAUAUGUGUCAUUGUGUGUGUGUGUGUGUGUGUGUGUGUGUGUGUGUGUGUGUGUGUGUGUGUGUGUGUGUGUGUGUGUGUGUGUGUGUGUGUGUGUGUGUGUGUGUGCGCCUGCCGACAUGUAAUGUGCUUAGACGAUGUCUUAAAGAUGCAGUUCAUGUUGCGACGCAGUAUAGGCGGAACGCAGCGUGGGAGUUUAUUAACGACAAAACUGUGGAGCGACUAAACAAAUUCAAGCUUAAAUCAAUCUGCAAGUCAGGAUUUGAGAUCUUGUAGGGAGACAAAAUUCGAGCAAAAAAAACCAAAAAAACGUUAUUUUAUAAGCUACAGGGGCCCGUGGGUUCAGUUCGGGGGGUGGGGGGCAUGUGUACAACUGUAUUCUAGGUUCCCGAAUCCGUGCUCCGUGGAAACCCUGCUGUCGCUACUUUACCCAGAUUGGUCAGUAAUCGCUGACGGCCUUCAGCGGGGGUUGCGGUUUCGUCACGCGUGAGCGCAGUUCACCGUAGUUGAGUUUCUUAGUGUCGCAGUCCUUUUGGCGCUCUGAAAAAAAGGGAGUGCCGUCAAACCCUGACCUGCAGAUCAAUGCCAGCUCAAGUCUGUGGUCCGCCCGUUCGACAUUUUUGUCCUUAACGAACCUGAACAGAAUAUUUGUGAACUUUUCUCGGAGAGAGAAUGAAGGCAGGCGAGUGAAGCAGUUUUCUAUCGACUCUGCACCAACCAGAGAUAAACCAACAGAGGUGUGUCUGAUUCAAAAGUGACUAGCUACUGUAAUCACUGAUAUACCUCUAUCAUUACUUACUACUGGUCCCUUGUGUGACCUUGCUUACAUUUGUGUACGUUAUUGUACACAUAAUAAAAGAAACACGUGCACACUUUCUUCCUUAGGAUAUGAGAAACAUUUGUUUUCGAAUGAUUUUCUUUUCUUCUCAAUAAUGCUACAUUUCUCUUCGGAGGAAUCAGUGUUAAAUUCCUGUUUCAGACCCAGAAAUCUGUAAUAAGAGCGCUGGUACGGAGUCAUAGUGUAACACUUGAAGAGCUGUAUUCCCAAAAAAAGCAAAAAUGCAUCGGGGUAAAUGAUCAUUACUCCAUGCUCCUCGGUAAAUGUCACAAAAAUACUGUAUGAAAAUGUGCCAGUUGUCUUGUCUACCAGGGACUUUAAGUACUUGCGUUUCUUUCCAAAGGAAAAAAGAACCGUAAAUUGUUUUACGCGUCAGCCAUUAGUCAUU